UACUUUUGCUUUGGUGCUUUCUUCCUUUCGCGUUUUUCCUGAUUUUUGGCCACAACAAUGUGCUAGGACUCCUUAGUUUGCAUUUUUCUAAAGCCAAUCCCACAAGAUGAGCAGCCUAAGCCAUUACGGACCUCCCCAGGACUCCGACUCGGACAGCAGCUACGAUGGCUUCUACUUCUCGGAUGAUAUCAAACGCUCGAAACCCGCACCCUAUGUGGAUCCCGAGCAGAAGCUCUACAAUGCGGUGCUCGACGGAGAUCUACAGACGAUGCGGGAUGAGAUGCAGAAGCUCGUCUUCCAGGUGGACCAGACCGUGAAGGGAGGCCCCAACUUGCUGAUGCUCGCCUGUCGCGAGGGACACUACGAAAUUGUUGAGUGGCUGGUGGAGAAGGCAAAGGCCAACGUAAACCGGCAGCUGGACUCGGUGAUGCCGCUGAUGAUGGCUUGCGACAGCCAAAACAAGGAUCCGUAUGUGGUGGAGAAAAUAGUGCGCCUACUCCUGCGCCACGGAGCCGUGGUCAAUGUGUCCGACAAAUACGGAAUGACACCCUUUAUGUUCGCCUGCCAGAACGGCUUCACCGGCGUGGUGCGCCUCCUGAUCAAGGACGUCAGCUUCGAUGCAGUGGAUAAUCAGGGCUGCACGCCCAUCUUCCAUGCCAUCGAAAGGAAUCACGUGGAGGUCGUCAAGCUGCUGGUGGAAGCAGGCGUCAAUGCCACGAUAGCUAACAACAAGGGAUACACGCCCACCCAGGUGGCCGAGUGCCAUGGAUACUACGAUCUGCUGGAGAUCCUGCCGCGACCAGCCUCCACCUACCUGGUGCCCACCCACUUUCUGGGCUACAACACGCUAAGGGAUCAUAUUCCACGCAUCUUCCUGAAAAGUGACUGCCCGGAGUAUUUCCAGGAGCUGAACGGCAUCCUGCAGUCCAUCAAUGUGGGAAAUAUGGUUCAGCAUUUUGCCAUCGCACGGACCUCGCUGGCCGAGUUCCUGGUCAUGGAUGAGGAGUCUCUCCGGAAGGUGGGCAUCGAGUAUCCCAUCUACCGUCACAAAAUAUUGAAGGGCAUUCUGGACUUCCAUCUUCAUCAUUGGUGCAACUCGUCGGUUGCUCGAGUCAAAGAAAAGGACAUGGACAACUUUUACGAGAUUCUAAUGAUCACAGCCAAUCAUCUGCAGCAUUUGGUUAUCAUUCAGGCGUCUUUGCGAUUCGUAUUGAAUAACCAAGAAGAAGACCAAAUGGGGCAUCCUAACGAGACGCAGCUGGCCACUAUAAAGAGCAAUGUUCAGGGAUAUCGCGAUGUGCUCAACCAAAUAACAAAGACCGUAAAAUAUCUUGGAUCAUUCAGUCCCCCACAGAAUCCUCUUUUCAUUGACUUUAACGAAAUCCUGGCCGAGCGAAAGCGCAAGAAGGUGCGCAACUACUUUAAGUACACCACCAUUAUCCUCGGAAUCUCAGUUUUCAUUUGCCUCAAGUGCAAGUGGUUCUCAUAGUAUUCGUAUCGCUGCAUUUCCAGAAUCAUUUUUAACAAUGCUUCACAAAUAACGUUGUUUUCCUUACCACUUGGUGAAUCCGGAAUUCAUUUGUUUUUCCAAAUCAAAAUAGUUUUAGUUGAAAAAAAGUAUUUAAGUUUAUCUCAAAUUUCCUUAAAAAUAUCUCUAAAAUAGACAAUUUACUGUUGAGAAACCUGUAAUCUCAGAUUACACAUUUAAGUUUAACAUAUGUAAUAAACUAUAAAUAUAUUAUUGAGACAAUAGAAGUUCAAGAGCAAUGAAAUGAAAUGUAUCAAAUGUUACCUGAAACUCGUAAAAAUACCUGAACUUAAAAAAAGAGUAUAUUAAAAAUGUAACUUGAAGUUAAAGAAGAAACUCACAAUAACUUUAACUUGUAAUGUAGUUUUAGGCGUAAAGAAGUACCAACAUAAACUAGUGUUACUUUUAUUAACCGGUUAAUAAAGGAGUUGUUAUUAAAUGUAA